AUGUCGAAAAAAAAAAUAGUUAUAGAAAAAACCAUAUCCGAAUUCCUUGACGAAAAACUUCUCUCCCUCAAAAUUAAAAUAUAUCGGGAUGAUGAAUUUGAAAAUGUUAGUUCCAUUGAUUCGAAAAGGUUCGGGAAGGCUAAAAGCGCAGUUAUUAAAGAAGGGGGAUUGUCUGUAAUCUUUAAACGGAUUGACAUCGAAAAUAUUGAUAUUCGCGAAUACGUUCAAGAGAGCUCAGAAAAUCAAAAUGAACUUUAUUCCACAAUGCUAAUACAUGUUUCAUCGUUAUCCAAGAUCAAAUUAAUACGGGAUGCUGGUUCGAAUAAAUCCGUAUUAGAAUUUGUUGGAGUUCUUAAAGAUAGAUUUGAUGAUGAUUACUAUUUCGUAUUUGAAUCUGUCGAUUGUAGGACUCUUGGUAAAUAUUUGCAAUUCAAUGAAUUGGAUUGGAAGCAAAAGGUUAAGAUUGCUUAUGAAAUUGCGAAUGCUUUAAAAUUCCUACACGAAAAGAACAUUUAUCAUAAAAAUUUGACGACGGGUAAUAUAUUAUAUGAUAAUGAAACCGAAAACAUUAAAUUGAUCAAUUACAGUUUAUUUAAACGGGAAAGGGCUCCUAAAAAAAGCAGCUUUGUAAAGAAAUUACGAUUUUGGAAACGUGAUAAAGAUGAACCAAAUCAGUAUCCCAAAGAGUAUGAUAUUUAUUGUUUAGGAAGCAUUUUAUUUCAACUUACGCAAAACGUCAAAAAUAAUUAUGUUGGGGAUUGGGAAAAAUUUUUGAAAUAUUAUCCACCGGAAAAUGUACAGGAUAAGUACAAGCAAAUCUGCAAAGCUUGUUGCCGUAAAGAGUUGAAUGCUCGACCCAACAUACAAUAUGUUGUUAAUGAUUUAUAUAAUGCAUUACAAAGUGUAAAUAACGUACCAAGUUCAAAACAAAGUACACAUAGCGAACAAAGUACCGAAAAGGAAAUUCAUCGUUCCAAUACAACAAGCGUGAAGAGAAAUAGACCUAUACCAACUUCUUCGAAAAGACACACCGUCAACGUUCCAUUUAAAGAUAAUAACACAUCCACUACGUUAAACGAUGAAAAUACUUUAUCACAAUCAUCUACAUUUGUUUACCAAUCACCAUCACGCUCAAAAAAAUCCGAUGUCAUUCCUCAACAAAUUUCAUACCUUUCACCCUAUGAGCCUGAUAUUUUCAUUCCUCAAUCAACAUCUUAUACUUAUACUUCACCCCAUAAUCCGGUUAAACCGCCUCCUACAUAUCCAAAAACCUCACCAAUUAUGACCUCUUCUUUAAUAACUCAAGAUUUUAUUACUGAAAUGUAUGAUGAAUUUCAUAAUAAAGUUGCCAAUUGCAAGAUGGAACUUUCACAACUAAAUGACGAUUGUGUAUUAGAUUAUUUAAACAAAGCAGGUCAAAGUGAAAAUAAAGUGUUUGAAUAUAUUAAGGCAAAACAAUCCUUUACGAUCAACUUGGUACUAUUAGCAUUAUUUCAUCAACUCGGCAUUGGAACUCCUGUAAAUGCACGAAAAGCUUUUGAAUUGUAUAAGGAAGCGUCAACAAAUAAUACAUUUGCGGCUUAUGUAGUAGGGGAAUGUUUUCUUUAUGGUCAAGGAAUCUCAAAAAACGUGGCGGAAGCUUAUAAAUUUUAUAAAAAAUCUGCCGAAGGUGGAUUUGCACCAGCUUAUAAGAAGGUAGGAUUAUGUUAUGAUAUGGGAACGGGUGUAGCAGUUGAUAAAGAAAAAGCUUUUUAUUGGAUUGAAAAAUCCGCUGAGGCGGAUGAUAAUUAUGGUCAAUAUACUUUAGGAAGGUUUUAUGAGAUUGGGAAUGGAUGUGAAAAGGAUGAAAGUAUGGGAUUCGCAUGGUAUGUAAAAGCAGCAGAUCAAGGAAUAACGGCUGCAUUACAUAAAGUGGGAAUCUGCUAUAAAUAUGGAAUAGGUACUUCGAUAAAUACGUAUAAAGCAGUUGAACACUUUAAAAGAGCAGCCAUGGAAGGAUGUCAACACAGUCAAGUUCUUUUAGGACAAGCGUAUGAAUUGGGUUCAGAUAUCGAAAAGAAUGAUCGAGAAGCCUUAAAAUGGUUUCGAAUGGCCUCCGAUCAAAAUUACGAUUUGGGACACUAUCACCUUGGAAGAUGUUAUGACUUUGGUAUUGGAGCUGGUAUAGAUUGGCACAAAGCAUUAGAAUUUUAUCAAAAAGCUUCUGUUAAUGGAAAUAUUUUGGCCAUUUCAGCUGCUAAAGAUAUUCAGUCCAAAAUGCAACGAACCGAAUUAUUUUAUUGGUAA